AUGGCGGCUUUCUCGGAAUUAUCAUCCGGAGCGCUCCAAAACUUCUCAGGAUGCGUGGCUAUGCUUGUGAUAGCGAUAUUUUUUAUUGCCUUGCGUUUUUACGUGCGGUCUGCUCUCCGCCAGCCUCCUUAUCUGACAGACUGGCUGUGCUUGGUGUCAUAUCUCGUUUUUGUCGCCUACGCCGCUGUCAUCUUCAAUCACAUUUUCAAUGUAUCAAAGACCGGCGCAUUUGAGGGAAGCGGCGUGGUUUCCGGAUCCUCAGAACUUGGCGGAGCUGAAGCCAAGGCAUUCAUGAAGAUGGGUUUCACUAUUGAGUUGCUAUUUACGCUGGAUAUUACCGUUGUCAAACUCAGCAUCCUCUCCUUCUACUGGACGCUAUUCGGCGUAGAGAAAAUUCAGAAAAAGAUCAUCUGGACGAGCACCGCCAUAUGUCUAGUUUGGUGGAUCGUCUUCACCUUCCUCAUCAUCUUUCAAUGCAGGCCCAUCAACUAUCUAUGGGACACGUUUGGACAGGCAAAUACUUGUAUAUCCACGCCGAAGCUACUGCUUGCCGUUGAAUUAACUAAUCUCUUCAUUGAUAUCGGGAUUCUUUUGAUCCCAGUCUAUGCCGUAAGACACCUACGGUUAGAUAGGAAUCGCAAGUUUUCCUUAUUAGGAAUUUUCCUGUUGGGUGCGGCUGUCUGCGUGACCAGCGUUGUCCGUGUCACUGCUAUAUGGAAUCCACCAAAUGUGAUGGCUAACUUCCAAUUCGCCAAGACGGUGUUGUGCUCUACUUUGCAGCUCGGCAUGGCCAUUAUCUGCGGUUGCGUACCAACACUUGGGCCACUAUUCACCAGCGCAGGCACACGAGCUCGAAGCUGGUAUGAUUCAGCGAUAACAAGACACGCAGCUACAUCCUCCAGCUACAAAAUGACGGAUGGUCCGACAGGAUUAGACCGGCCGUGGGCUAAUGUUGGCGGCAGCCAAUACCGCAACACUACGAGGAGCUGGGCAGGGCGUGAGGAUGAGAGCUCCGACUCGAUGCAUCACCUUGAUCCGUUGCCGCCGUCCAAGAUACGGGUGCAACGAUCCAUCGAGAUAUCGAAAUAG